UGCUGAGGAGCUGGGGACCAGGAGCUGGGAAGGGACCCCGCAGCGCCCCGGCCAAGGGGAGCUGACGGCGUGGGAGCACCGGGCUCUGCCCCCCGCGCUCGCCAACGGUGAGGGGUCCCCAGGCCGGACGGCCACCGCGGUGUCCCCCACGGCACUCCCAGCGUGGCGGGGCUGCUUUCUGUCGCAGGUCUUUGCCGCCCUCCCCGUGAUGGGUUAGGGGGUGCAUUGGGCUGCAGGGUGGGGACAGCCCCGGGCCGGGUCCCUGCACACCCCGGGGACGGGAUGGCGGCGCAGCGGGUGGUGGGGUGGCCGUGUCUGGAGGGCGGCUGUCUUGCAGGGCACCGCGGCGUGUGCCAUGGGGGACUGGAGCCUGCUGGGGCGGCUGCUGGAGAGCGCCCAGGAGCACUCCACGGUGGUGGGGAAGGUCUGGCUCACCGUCCUCUUCGUCUUCCGCAUCCUGGUGCUGGGGGCGGCCGCCGAGCGGGUCUGGGGCGAUGAGCUGUCUGGCUUCUCCUGCGACACGCAGCAGCCCGGCUGCCAGAACGCCUGCUACGACAGCACCUUCCCCAUCUCCCACCUCCGCUUCUGGGUCCUGCAGAUCAUCUUCGUCUCCACCCCCAGCCUCGUGUACCUGGGCCACAUCCUGCACCUGGUGCAUCUGGAGGAGAAGGCAGAGCAGCAGGCGGCAGCGGGGGCUGGCGGCGGGGCCGGGCAGCAGCGCCCCGGGCAGCCCCGGCGUCCUGCAGGGGACAGGCAGGGACGGGUCUGCAUGCAGGGGGCCAUCCUGAGGACGUACGUCUGCAACGUCGUCUUCAAGGCUCUCUUGGAAGUGGGCUUCAUUGUGGGCCAGUACGCCUUGUACGGGUUCCAGCUGAAGCCCCUCUACACCUGCAGCCGCUGGCCCUGCCCCAACACUGUCAACUGCUACAUCUCCCGGCCCACCGAGAAGACCAUCUUCAUCCUCUUCAUGCUGGGGGUGGCCUGCGUGUCCCUGCUGCUCAACCUGGUGGAGAUCUACCACCUGGGUCUCACCAAGUGCCGGCAGGGGCCAGGCUCCAAGUCCCGCAUCCUGCCCGGUCCUGGUGUCCCCGCGGGGCCCCGCAGUGCCCACAUCACCCUGCCCGUCAGCGGCAGCCCCAUGGCUGCUGGCAGAGAGCCCCACGGCCUGGCACCCCUGGGAAAGGCGGGUGCAUGGCUGGGGGUGGCCAGUGGGUGCCAAGGGAAGGUGCGAGCAGCAGACCUGGCAGUGUGAACACAGCCUGCUGGGAUGCUCAGGGAUCAGUGACAGAUGCACGGGCAGCCACAGUUGUGGUUCCACCUCUGGGACCUGCCAGGCUCAUGCCACGGACCACAGGGCCAGCGCGAGGGGCGGGCAUGGCCCUGGGGACACGGCUCGGCUGCUCCCUGCACUCGUAGGAGCGGUGGGGCUGAAAGUAGGGCCGGGUCGGGGCAGGGGUCUGUCAGCGCCGGGGGAGCAAAUAAAACGCCCACUGCACCUCA